AAUCCAAGAUGGAGAACAAUUUUUUUUAUUUUUUGUGAAAAUUCGUAAAUAUUACAAAUAUCGAGCAAUUGCAUCACAUAAUUGAAUACGAUGGACUGUUCAGAGGAUUCUGCAAACAUGGCUGGAAUCUCGGACCUACCAGAGGAGGUUCAGGAACAUAUUCUGUCAAUGUUAUCGCCAUACAGAGAUCUUCGAUCCUGCAUGAAUGUUUGCAAAUUAUGGCAUGAGCUGACAAAAGGCAUCAUUGUUCAAAAGUACCAGUCAUUUAAUAAAUCACUAGAAACCCUAGAUGUAGAAUGGAUGCCUCUUGUUCCGGAAGCCGGGCCGACUAUCAGUGAUCGUCACUCCCACAGCAGUUGCUACUUUGACAAGUCAAUGUAUGUGUUUGGUGGUUGUACUUCCACCAGUACAACCUUUAAUGAUCUGUGGAGAUUAGAUCUUGCCACAAGACAAUGGAUCAGACCCCUUGCAAUUGGUACCUAUCCUUCCCCUAAGGCUUGUGCCAGUAUGGUUGUUUAUAGAAAUAGCUUGGUGUUAUUUGGAGGCUGGAGCCAUCCUACACCAUACCCUUUACAUCAGGCAGCCAGAUUCUUCAGUGAGCUUCAUGUGUACACCCCAUCAAGUAACAGAUGGAAUCAUGUGUUCACUAGAGGCUGCCCCCCUCCCACUGCAGGCCACUCAGCCUCCAUUGUUGGAGAUACUAUGAUUGUAUUUGGGGGAUCCCACGGCCAUGGUGCUAGCUCAGGAGAUUUGUGGUCAUUGGAUCUGAAAGAGAUGUUAUGGAGCAAACAUGAGAUACCAGGUCAUAGGAAGCCGAGGCCAAGAUAUGGCCAAUCACAGGUCGUGUUAGAUGACAACAAUAUACUUAUACUAGGAGGAUGUGGGGGUCCGAACAUGCAAUACAAUGAUGUGUGGCUGCUAUCAAUGAACACUUCCCCAUGGCAGUGGAAGGAGAUACAGGCUCAUGAAGAAGAAAAUAGACCUCCUAAAUUAUGGUGCCAUCCUGCUUGCAAGGUGGGGAAUAAAUUGGUGCUCGUUAGUCGCCUAAAGAAACAACCAGUAACCCAAGCAGUGUUAUCUCAGCAAACAAACUCUGAUAUAAGAACAAGGACUUCUAAAUUGUGGAUCCCUCCCACUGAAAAUAAAGACAAUCCAACACAAAAUGUUGAAAAACAUGGAGUAGGUGGUGUAGGGGUGCCUGGUUCAAGCUCAACCAGAUCAAGUGCAAUCAGGGCAAGUGUACAAGGACCAAGUGCACAAGGAUCAAGUGUACAAGGACCAAGUGCACAAGGAGGAGCUCCUGCACCAGGAGCAAGUAUCUUGACCAUUCCAAGGAUUUUAAAAAAGACUGGCAAACCAGUGAAACAUCCCAUGCAUUUAUAUGUUUUGGAUAUAAGCACUGUUUUGACUGAAGGGUGUGUUACAUGGCAGCCAAUCAGAGAGGAUGUAGAUAGCGACGCCCCUGAGGAGACAAUAUUUUAUUCCAUAGUUGAGGGUCGUGGUGAACUUAUUGUGUUUGGAGGUAUACAAACUGACUUGAAUACUAUGUCUAAUAGAGGCUACAGUUCUGAACCUCAAAUAGUGACCAAUCAUGUUUAUUUCAUAGGUUCAAAGAAGUUUAUGAUCUAG